GACGGAAAUAUAAAAGUGACUGAAAAGUGUCGAUUGCAAGACGUGUGGAAAAGAGGAAUGUGUUUAUAGCCAAUUUCCUCUGAUAUUUUGGCACGAAAUAUCAUACAAAGGAUUCUAGUGGCACAUAAGCAUUAACAUAGUGUAAUCAUAAUGUCUGUCCAGCAAAGGACGCUAGAUUGCAAGGAUCUGCAUUCAUAUUUGAAAACUCUGCCGGCAACUGUAUUGGACCGUUUGUACAAUCACCCGGCCACAUGUCUAGCCGUUUUUAGAGAAUUACCCGAAUUAUCCAGGCUGUACAUUAUGAGAAUCUUGUUUGUUGACCAAGCAGUACCAAAAGCAAUCAUGGGCUCAUGGGUUUCACCAAACAGUGCAAAGGAACUUGAAGAUAUUGUAAAACUACUGACAGAACUUCGUUUGUGGCAGGAAGUUGAAAUGCAAGGCGGACUGAAGGGCUGGUUACUAAAUCCUACUUUUCGUAGAAAUCUGAAAGGAGCCCUGUUGGGCGGUGGAAAUGAAUGGAGCAUGAAACCCCCUACAGAUGCAGAUCCAAAAGCAAGAGGCAUUGCCAUCUUGGAUGAAUAUGCAAUGGGUAGAUGGGAGUGUGUUUUGCAUUUCAUGGUUGGUUCACAUCAGCAUGAAGUCAUAUCUUCAGAUGCCCUGCAGUUGCUACACCAUGCUGGUCUUAUGAAGAAGGAACCUGGGGAAAACCAAUUGACAAUAACCAGAGAUGGCUUUCAAUUUCUCUUAAUGGACACAUCUGCCCAAGUUUGGUAUUUUCUGUUACAAUACCUUGAUACUGCAACGGCUAGAGGUCUGGACCUGAUAGACUGUUUGGGAUUUUUGUUUCAGCUAAGCUUCAGCACACUUGGACAAGAUUAUAGUACAGAUUCAAUGAGUGAUGGUCUCCAAAAAUUCUUGCAGCACCUUAGAGAGUUUGGGCUUGUAUACCAGAGAAAGAGGAAAGAUGGUAGAUUUUACCCGACGAGGCUUGCUUUGGAUAUUGCUUCAGGUCCCAAAAAAUCCAUGCUUAAUAGCAUGACAACAACUUCGUCAAACCAAAGUUCUGGUUACAUUGUCGUCGAGACAAAUUACAGAGUCUAUGCAUAUACAGAUUCAAGCUUACAAGUUGCAUUGAUUGCGCUAUUUUGCGAGUUAAUGUACCGCUUUCCGAAUUUGGUUGUUGGUAUUAUUACACGAGAAAGCGUUAGGCAAGCGCUAAGGAGCGGUAUUACGGCAGAUCAAAUUGUGUCUUUUCUAAGACAACACGCUCACCCGGAAUGCUAUAAAGAACCUCCGGUGCUCCCGUCUACGAUCGCCGAUCAAAUUAAGCUUUGGGCCAUUGAACGGGACCGUUUCAUCUACAAAGAGGGUGUCCUAUACAAUCAGUUUGACUCACAAGCGGAUUUUGAGAUCUUGAAGAAUUACGCUCAAGAUAGAGGCGUGCUAGUAUGGCACAAUAUUAAUGGGCGAAAAAUGGUUGUUACGAAAAACGGCCACGAUGAAUCCAAAGAAAAGAUGACUCGUGGUGUAAGAAGGGGGUGCAUCAGACUUAAAGGAGCUAUUGUUGGCAUUGAUGAUGAAGAUGAUACUACGUUCACAGUCACAGUUGAUAUGAAAGUAUUCCACCUUCAAGCAAAAGAUGCAGAGGAGAGGGAAAAAUGGAUCAGAGGACUGGAGGACACUAUCCUACGGCAUGCACAGCUUCAAAGGAGGCUUGAUCCAAAUCAUCCAACCCCCACAAUGCAAGAUUUUGACAAAAAAUUGACAGAAACAGAUUCAUAUUUACAAAUCUUAAUUGAUCAAGUUAAGGCACUAGAGCUACGUAUCACACAGGGAAAUGAUGACCAAGAGAAGAUGCGACUAUGUUCCAUAAGAGACAGAGCAAAUGAAAUGCUAGAAUCUAUUAAGCAUACAAUAGUAUUGCUACAAAUAGCAAAGAAUACCACUCAUCCAGUCAAUGGAGUUCAAGUUGCUGCACCCAUAUCCUUUUUCCAGUCAUCUCCAUCAGAGAGCUUGAAAAUCGCAAAUAACCAGCAACCAAAAAUCAACUUGACAAACGAAGUUGUUUCUGUAAUAGCUUCUAUGGAAGACGUACCUGUACAAACUGGGAUAGAAUUAGGAGCAGAAUGUGUCGAACUGCGCGGCGUAAAUACCGAAUGCACUGAUAGCGUAAGGCAGUCCCCGACCAACAGCUUGGAGCAACCUGGCUUUUACAGCCAGCGACCCCUCGCCUUAGAAAUCCCAGAAACAUCCUACUCCAGCUCUGAUGACGAGGAUUUUUUCGAUGCCUCCGAAAAUAUGGGACAAUCACCUACCUUUCCGACACCGAGUGCAAAGACUUUGGAUGAGCUGGAAAGCCCUCAGAGAAAUCAGUCGUCAGAAUCCAUUGACUACGAUGCGUUGUAUGAGGAUUCGGAUGAAGAUGAUCUGGGUUCGAUGGAAUCGCACGGAAGUGUUGUAACGCAUCUACUGUCUCAAGUCAAGCUUGGCAUGGAUUUAACAAAAGUGGUUCUCCCUACAUUUAUUUUGGAGAGACGUUCGUUAUUAGAAAUGUAUGCUGAUUUUUUUGCACAUCCAGAUAUUUUUGUCGGAAUUGCGGAUUUCAGCGAACCACGUGACCGAAUUGUGCAAGUUGUUCGCUGGUUUCUUUCCGCCUUUCACGCUGGUAGACGUUCUGAGGUGGCAAAGAAACCUUAUAAUCCAAUAAUAGGAGAAACGUUCCGUUGCUGGUGGGAUGUGAACAAAGAAAAACCGGCAACAGAAAGUAUCGUCAUUGAUGGCCCAGUGCCAUGGUGUGAUAUCAACCAGUUGACUUUCGUUGCCGAGCAGGUCUCCCAUCAUCCACCAGUGUCUGCAUUCUAUGCUGAACAUUAUGGCAAAAGAAUAUCCUUUUGUGCACAUAUAUGGACGAAGUCUAAAUUUCUGGGAUUGUCAAUUGGCGUCCAUCAUAUCGGUCAAGGAUGUGUCUCUUUGCUAGAUUAUGACGAAGAGUAUAUCAUCACAUUUCCAAAUGCUUAUGGCAGAUCAAUAUUGACCGUGCCUUGGGUUGAAUUGGGCGGAAGUGUUAGUAUCACCUGUGCUAAAACUGGCUACGGUGCUACGGUCGAGUUCCUCACCAAGCCCUUUUACGGUGGUAAGAAGAAUCGCGUCACCGCGGAAAUCUUACAGCCGGACAGGAAACCCUUCGUCACCAUAUCGGGAGAAUGGAACGGUGCCAUGAUAGCUAAAUGGACUGACGGGAAAACGGAAGAAUUUGUUAAUGUAAAUGCCAUGUCUAUCGUUCAAAAACGAGCCCGUCCAGUUGCUGAACAAGAUGAAUUUGAAUCUCGACGUUUAUGGCGCGAAGUCACACUCGGUCUCAAAUUUAAUGACAUUGAUCUGGCUACCAAAUCUAAAUCAAGCUUGGAGCAUCGACAACGGGAAGAAGCCCGGAUACGAAAGGAAGCCAACGAGAAAUGGGAGACAAAACUGUUUUCACUAGUUGGAGAUAACUGGAUUUAUGACAAACCUCUCGUGAAACGUCUUGCAGCUUCUGGGGCGCAACAUUAGCUUUCAUUUGCAUGUAAAAAAAAUAUUAAUCCCGUUAUUUUCAUAGUGUCUGAAAUUUUAUGAGAUUGCGUUCCCGUUUGUAUUCAUAUAGCAGCUUGCCAUUUUUGAAACAAAGAUUUUUGUUCCGAGUUAUUCGUUUGGUUUCACCCGGUACUUGUCGAUUGUGCCUAACAACCUUGUAGUGUGUUAUUCCGUAAUUGCUAAGCGUGUAUACAUCUCGUUUUGGCACAAGA